AUGAUGCGGUAUGAUGAUGAUGCGCUCGUUGGACGACCUGGAGACCAGCCCGGCGAGCUUCUCGAGGGGGGCGAGCCCCUGCGCAUCGGCGGCGUGGGAGAUGCCGAGCUGCAGGUGGGCGAGGGCGGUAAAGUGCUCGAGAGCGGCAACUUUGGUCAGGCUUCUACGAGGUACACCACGCAGAGAUGGGAGAAAAUCGACUUCAACUACAGCGCCAGUCAACUAUCUUUGCCAUUUCCCUUCUAUUCGCCCCUGAAUAUUGAGCCGACUAGGAAUGCCAACAUAAUCACCCGCCGUUUCUAG